AAACGGACAUAAUGGCCGAUAGGAUCCCCAAGAGAGACAGAACAACGACGGACCGCUGACUGUAAGAGUGCGUCAUCUUCUAAUAAGAUUCAAAAAGGUGGUCCAUUGAUGCGAAAAUGGCCGAACAAAAAAGGAGUCUGCAUUGGAUUGGCUUGCAUGCAUGGUGACAAGAGGCGGAGGAGGAGGGCGGUUUGAGUCAACCCAGCUGUGUGAGGGCAGUGCUCUCCUUCUACAUCAGGUUGUCAUCUCUGUUGACACACACCGUCUCACACACUCACUUCAUCCUCUGGAUCGGACGUCUCCUGUGCCUUCAUUGAUGUGCAAACGAGUGUGAUCAACGAUCAGAGGUGUCUAACUGCAGGAAAAAUGGGAAGAAAGAAAAUACAAAUUUCUCGCAUUGUGGAUCAGAGAAACCGACAGGUGACGUUCACCAAGCGCAAGUUCGGCCUGAUGAAGAAGGCGUACGAGCUGAGCGUGUUGUGCGACUGCGAGAUCGCCCUCAUCAUCUUCAACAGCACCAACCGACUCUUCCAGUACGCCAGCACCGACAUGGACAAGGUUCUCCUCAAGUACACCGAGUACAGUGAGCCGCACGAGAGCCGCACCAACACCGAUAUUCUGGAGACUCUGAAGAGGAAAGGCCUUGAGCUGGAUUCUUCGGAGCUUGAUGGCGAUGAAAGCAUGCAGGCUCCGCCCCUGCGCUCCCCGGAAGCGCAAUUCCUAAUGUCGGAGAGCAGCUUCCCAGUCUCAUCCGGACCCGGCGUGGCCCCCCACAGUGCCUUUAAAUGCGCCAGCCCGGCUCCAGCAACAGCUCAUGCCUCCUUCAUGUCACCACACUCAGGUAUCGGCUACUCCGUCUUCUCCCACAUGAGCCGAGGUCUCCACCCGAAGACUCCUCCCCCUCCCCUGUCACCUCUGACCCUGUCAGCCAAUCAGGGCUCACGCACCGGCCCGAAUCCCGCCGUGAGCCGGGGGCUCCUGUACCAGACGGGCCUGCAUGGCGCCACGGGCAAAGGCGGGCUGUUCGGCCACACCCUGGCUGGUUACGGUCUCGCCUCCGCCGGGGCUUCAGAGUACAGCCAGCCAAGUUUCUAUCACUCUGUGAGUCUGCAGCGAAGCGCCGUGAACUCCUGGCAAACAACGCAGCCUUCAAACCAGCUCCAUGGGCCUCAUUUAAGUCAAGGGAUGUCCACCGGGGUCUGCUCUUUCCCCUCUCCACCUUUCUCCUCUACCCUAUCGCAUCCUCCCUGCCUGGGCGUGCACAUCAAAUCUGAGAGCAGCUCUCCCGAGCUGCAUGCAUCCUCCCCGGCCUCGUCCCCACUACACGGCCUCGGGCGAGACCAAUCGCCCAUGAGCAGACCCGGCUCGGCUCACCGCAGCCCCUCAGAACCGGAGCCCGAGAUGUACUUGUGUGACGGAGAAGAUGGAGGGAUGCAGAGGCAAUCGCACAUGUGUGAAGGAUGGCAGAGAUAACUAUGCACUUAGUGGAUGGUUUGUUUGGUACACAGACAUAGUUAAGAAAUGUAAUUUAAAAAAAAUGAUUGGUAAGCAAUUGAAAAUGGAUUAAUACAUUUAAAAGGGAUUUUUCUAGAAUUAUAAAUGAAGACUCAAAAUUAAAUUAUCCAGAAUAUAUUAAAAAAUUAUUAAAAGGGUAAAAUCUGGUUGCUUUUAACAUGUUUGAUAGAUGAAUAGCUAUUGAUUACUGUUGUAAAGAUUCCUUUAAUAGCUCUCGUAUUGGAAACCAUUUGAUUGCCUGCGUGUACCUAAUGAACUGUCUGGUCUCAGUCAGAGCUGGUCUCUGCUGGGUGAGGGACACCAUUGAUGUUGUUUUCACCCCUUCCACAUCACCUAAUAGUUCACAUUAGACACACCUUUUUGAUUAUUUUGAUGAUUUGCUUUGUUUGGCACUAUAUUAAAAUGUUCAUGUAUGUCCCCUUAAUAAAAAUACCUAAAUAUC